CAAAGAGAAAUGUUUACCGCCCAGUUUGCCGGAUGUCCAAGCUUAGCCAAAAUUCUCAUUUUUAGAAUGUUGACUCGGAUGAAGAAGUGUAUUCCACAGCAGCGGCGAUUGACGCACAACAACAGCUCGGGGCAGACUGGGACGAAACCAGUAUGAGUAACGUCGCCCCAGUCAAACGAGAGAUUGAGCCCCUGGCUCGAGUUAACCAUGCCGAAAUCGAAUAUCCCGAGAUUGAAAAAUACUUUUACGUUGAGCAUGAAGAAAUAGCUGCUCUCAGCCAAGAACAAGUACAAGCCAUUCGAAAAGACCUAUCACUUCAUGUGACAGGUGCGAAUCCAGCCAAGCCUUGUAUAUCUUUUGGUCAUUUUGGAUUUGAUGAGGAUUUAAUGGAUGCGAUCGCGCGAUGUGGAUAUACCGAACCUUCCGGUAUCCAGAGGCAAGCCAUUCCGGUGGCACUGGAAGGAAGGGAUAUAAUCGGAAUUGCCAAGACUGGAUCUGGCAAAACUGCUGCAUUUGUACUCCCGAUGCUCAUUCAUAUCAUGGAUCAAGCGGAAUUGGUCAAAGGUGAUGGUCCUAUUGGACUGGUGCUAGCGCCUACUAGAGAACUAGCUCAUCAAAUUUACAUAGAAAGCAAGAAGUUUGCCAAGGCAUAUGGCCUCAAAGUGGCGGCGGUAUACGGCGGUGCCUCUAAAAUGGACCAAUUUAAAGAACUGCGGAGCGGAACCGUGGAAAUUCUUGUUGCAACUCCCGGAAGAUUAAUUGACAUGAUAAAGAUGAAAGCCACCAACCUACGACGAGUCAGUUACCUUGUAUUGGAUGAAGCAGAUAGGAUGUUUGAUCUUGGAUUUGAACCACAAGUGCGUUCCAUCUGUGACAAUGUGCGACCUGAUCGUCAAACACUUUUGUUCAGUGCGACUUUCCAAAAGCGUGUAGAAAAGUUGGCACGUGAGGUUAUGGAUGAGCCUGUUCGAAUCAGUGUUGGUCAUGCUGGACAAGCAAAUGAAGACAUUACCCAAGUGAUAACGGUGCUAGAAAAUGAAUCGUUCAAGUGGAAUUGGCUGAUGAAGCAAUUAGCAGGAUUUUGUGCCGCUGGUAGCGUUAUCAUCUUUGUGUCACGGAAAGCAGCCGUUGACGAAUUGGCAACCAAUCUACAGCAAGCCGGAUUUCCAAGCGGGGCGUUGCACGGUGAUUUGAUGCAAAGUGAACGCGAGAAGGUUUUAAAGGAUUACAAACAAAGCAAGUUUCCGAUUCUCGUUGCUACUGACGUUGCCGCCCGUGGUCUCGACAUCAAGAGCGUACGAACGGUGGUUAACUUUGACAUUGCUAGAGACAUAGACUCUCAUGUGCAUCGUAUUGGACGCACGGGGCGAGCAGGAGAAAAGGGAACGGCGCACACUCUCAUUGUCAGUAAGGAGGACAAAUUUGCCAGUGAUUUGGUGCAGCAUCUUGAAAGCUCUGGGACCCCGGUUCCUCGCGAACUGAUGCAAGUAGCGAUGAAUAACCCAAGAUUCCGGAAGAACCGUGAAGGUCACGGCGGCCGCAGCGGAAGAGGGCGUGGGCGAGGACAAGGACGAGGUGGUCGAAUGGGAACAUUUAGGGGCGGAAGUGGCCGGGGCGGAGGUGGGCAUAUUCAACAAGAGUCAAAUAAUAGCAACAAAACACCACUUGGAUCACGAGGAAUGAUGUUCCAAAGAGCAAGCACAAGAGAAGCGGGUGCGCACGGAUUGCACUCGGUAAAGGAAUAAGGAAGCAAGUCAAAAUAAAUUCUACUAUAAAAUUUGCAUGGUACAAGCCCGCACUGUAUAUUUAUCAUUAUAUAAUGUUGUUUGCCGAUCGUUCUUCACUCAAAAAAAGGACGGGGGUGAGUUACAAAAGGCUGGGAUGCGGGGGCUACCUUUUAUGGUAUUUAGUCUUUGGCUUCUGAAUAAAUUGCUAUUCUAAACAUUUGUGCUUCCGAUGUGAAACUCUACAUGCCCAUUUCAUUAUAUAACU